UGACGUCCCAAGAUAAGUCGUACGUGCUGUUGCUUUAUGGAGCAGAAAGUUUCACGCGGCUUUUCUAUGUCAUUAGUUGUGUCCAUCCAGCGUUUGGAUACUGACAGGUUACUCAUUGGCAGUAACUUGCAGCAGGCGCUGGCCGGUACCUUUAUCUGUACUGCUCGUCACGUCUAUUUAGAAGAAGCUUCUAUUUUAUCUAAUGGGAUUGCUCUCCGGGGAGCCCGAUAGUCGUUUAAAUACAGUGUUAUGAAAAUAUACACACUCGUCGUCAAUCUAAUUAGAACUGUAGUAUGAGCGAGGCAUGCUGGAAGGGGGAGGGGAUGCGGAGUAUGGAUUUUAAUUGAUUUUUUCCUCCCUCCGCACGAUCAGUGUAUUGAAUCGGCUCGUUAGUUUGUAGAGUUAUAUAUGACUGGCGGAGGACGGAAAUACAGAAAGGCUGCAUUCGUAGUCGUUAUUGAGGUACAUAACUGUGACUCUUUUUUUUUUGCAAUAAUAGCAAUGACCACGAUAGCAUUUUUAAUAACGCGUAGUCAGAUUGGAGGCACCCUAUAAGGUGUGUAAAUGACGCUGCUGAACAUGUGUGUAGCAGUGCGAAUAGAAGGAGGACCAGUCGCCAUUGCGAUUAAGGCCACAUUAAAUUCGAUUUAGCGGGCUUGUAGGCUCAGCAGUGAAAAUGCAUUGUUAAAAAAGUGAAUCUGCCCCGAAAUAAGUUUGUUUAUUAAAUACAUUCAUGAUGUCGCAGAAACAACAACAUUGCUGGAUUGCUUUUUUUUCUGGAAGUGGAAAAAUGUUGUUAAGCUACUACGUAGCCUAGAUGAAGAAUAUUUUGCUUCGAUCGUAUUUUCGUUAUUAGGACUUGAAACUCUAUAAACAAAUAAUUGCAUUUAGGCCUAGUUCUUGGUUUAAAAGCAUUUGUGGUUAUUGGAUGCCAGAUUACUAUAACUUACAAAUUGACAUGUUGUCAAAGAGACAGAAAAGGCUGUUGAUCUUGUUACAUGUAGGGGGUGUAUUUCUUUCAGCAGUAACUGGACAUUUUUACCGAUGAGAGAAACCUACGAUACAAUGAUUGCAGAGAAUGGACCUUGGAAGCUCGAGGAGAAACAGGAGCAGCUGUUGGGAUACCGCAAACGGGGACCCAAACCCAAGCACCUCUUAGUCCAGCUACCCGCCUUUGCACGAAGAUCCAGCAUCCUCUCUGGGCUGCAGGGGUCUUCCCUGGAUGAAGACAAUCGACAGAAAUCCGAUGCCGUCCCAAUGCACAGAUCCCAAACGCAGCAGUACCAGUUAAACAGCAAGAAACACCACCAGUAUCAGCCCAACUGCAAGGAGAGCCAAGUGGAGCAGCAGAUAAAUGGAAAGAAGAAAUUUUAUUAUCAGCUCAACAGCAAGAAGCAUCACCACUAUCAGCCAGACCCUAAGAUGUAUGGUUUGCAGUACCAGAAAACCAGAGAAGGCAAAGGUCAAGAAUCUAACAAUCAAGGAUGGAACCUGCCCUCAGCACUGCAGGAGAAAUGGCUUUGUGACAAGGAUAUAAGCUUAAACAAAAUCAGCAGUUUGACAGAGGACAUGAAGAAGUUGCCAGGGCAACUUAAUGGCAGUGAACCAACACUCACCUCAAACAACAAGGAGCCUGUUGUCCCCAAUGGCACCAGCAGCAAGAUGAAAAUCGUGAAGAACAAAAACAAAAAUGGCCGUAUUGUGAUUGUGAUGAGUAAGUACAUGGAAAACGGCAUGCAGUCGGCUCGGAUUAAGAAUGGAGACCCUACCAGUGCAGAGCGACAAAAUGAUGCAAAGCUAUCAGAAGACAGCAGUGCAGAGAGCUUAUUAGACAAGAUUAAACUUGUCAAGAAACCGGUCCAGGACAAUGGACUCCCGCCGGAGAAUAAAACUGAAACGUCUGCCACUCCGUUGCCUCUCGCACAGUCUUCUGUGGAACAGGAACAUUCUGCCAAGGAGGAUACUAUUGUUACAGAAGGGGAGAAAACAGAUGAGUCUGGCAGUCAGCCGGAUCUCCCCCAGGAUCAGCCUUUGCAGCUAACUACUAAGCCCAACCUGACCCCCUGGCCCUUUGAGAUGGGUGUGCUCUCACGACUGGACCAUGGCACUAAGCAGCCGGUCCAAAGCGCCAGCACUUCCCUGAAGCGGCAGCUCUCUGAGCCUCUAGAGGACAGGGGCAGCUACAAGAAGUUUAUCAGCUCCAGGAGCAUCAGUACCCCCAGCUCUGUGCCCUCACUGCCACAGACCAAGCCCAUGGACCUGAAUCUCAGCAGCUUCCACUGUAGCAAAGGUCCAGACUGUGACUCUCUAGACUCCAUUCCAGAGGAGCCAAUCGAUCUCAGCUGUGUGAAGCCCAGAGUGGAAGCCACUUCACCCCCCAAAUCCCUGACGCCCGUGGAUCAGGCAGAAGCAACAACAACAGCAGCAGCAGAGACAGAGGACCCCAAGCCGUGUUUUAAACCUUUCCUGGGGAAUAUCAUUAUUACCGACGUCACUGCAAACUGUCUUACUGUGACAUUUAAAGAAUACAUCACUGUUUAAUGUACUGCCUCCAGAGAAACGGAAGACUACUGACUUUAAUAUGUGGAGGAGUUGAUCUGUGAUAGGAAAGUAGAUAACGUUAUUGAGACAUGCUGUGAAGCUCUCUGACAUUGCUGGGGGGUAACUGUAAGGGGUGCCCUCAUGAUUUUGAAUGUAUUUGCUCAGUAGGUUUAAAUAAAUUACUUAAAAGUUCUUUUUUUGAUAGAAUACAUUCUAAUGGUACAAGUUUGACCAUUAUUGAAAAUUAGAACAUACCAAACAAUUAUUUGGAUCUUCUAAUACUUAACGAUGUCCUUAUUUCUAAUUAAGGAAUAUGAAGCUAAUUUGGAAGUUAUCAGUGGACAUCAGGGAUCAGAAAAAAAAAGCACUUAAGUUUGUACAGAAUAUACUUUUUAUGUAUUUGCAGUUUUUUUGUAUAUGGCUUCCAUUAGACCUCUGAUGAUGACUAUUGCUUUACGGGCCUUAUUUUGGAAGUUGAUCAAAUCAAAAAGGACUGUGCUCUCUGAACGUCUUUGUGUCAUUUCUCUUUCUGCAGUGGGGGCGUCGUAGGUCACAUAUCGUCACGCACGCGUGCAUGUGCAGAAGAUGGUCAGACGCAGGUGUCAUGGCCUGAUGUAGUGUUACUUCCCAUGGUCAUACUGUCACCAAGCUCUGUAGGAUUUUCUUUUCUUCAUGAUCUCUAAGUAUAGAAAGGGUUCUUGGUCCCAGUUAGAACACAGACACAUUGUAACAUUCUCUGGCACAGGCAAGGAGUUGAUGUGAAAGAUAAAUGACAUUAUUAAUAUAAACUAAUGCAUUUUUUUCUCAGUCACCUAAACUAUUAAAACUAUCCAGGAAAAGGGUCUUCAUGAAGAACAUACUUAACUAAUUGCAUACAGUGCUAACAAUUUAACAGGUUGUAAAACCUAUUUAGAGAUGCCUGGUAAAUGUAUAUAGAUAUAAUGUAAGAUCCUUGAAUGUAACCUCUGCUGAUUCAAAGUUUAAAGAUGGUUUGGCAUCUGCAAGAUGCAUCACUUUAAAAAUAAAUUAAGACACUUCUGUCA